UGCAGUUCAAAGCGGCUGCGAGGAAUUAAGGGAGGGGAAGAGACCAGGCAAGCCGGGGAAGAAGAAGCAGCUCGGCGGGCGGGCGAAGCAGCGGAGUUGCCCCGCUUGCAAAGGCAAAGCCGGCGGAUCCUCGGGGUUCUUUCUUUCUUUAUUUACUUCUUGAUUGAACCCAGCCCGGGCUGAGUUGGCGGGGAGGCGUCGGCUGCAAAACCAACCAGCCCGAGCCCGGCAACGGGAACCGGCGCGGAGAUGCCCACCGCUUGGGGGAUGCUACUUCUCUUGCUCUUCUGCCGCUGGAGCUGGGCGAGGGCACACAAUGGGGAUCUUACCGUCAGGCCCACUUGCAAACCAGGAUUCUCAGAAGAGGACUACACAGCCUUGGUUUCUCCAAACCUGAUGGAAAGGCAGCAGUUCCUCAAAGUGAAAGUUAGCGGCUGUUCGGAGAGCAAAGGAACGCCGUACGAAAGUGCCAACUUGGACUUCAAGGUGAGGAACGGCAGAGCUCUCUACCCCACCAAACAGGUGCACACACCUUUGGAGCAGACAAAAGUUACGAAAGGAAAGAAGAACAUGACAGCAGACCUUCAAGAACCUGGUAAUAUUUUGCUCCCAUGGCGUCAUCACCCGAAUUCUUACGGACUCAGGCGUCAAAAGAGAGAUUGGGUCAUCCCACCAAUCAACGUGCCAGAAAAUUCAAGAGGACCCUUCCCACAGCAGCUCGUUAGGAUUCGUUCAGACAAAGACAGUGAAAUCCAUAUAAGAUACAGCAUCACAGGGGUGGGAGCUGACCAGCCCCCUAUGGAAGUCUUCAACAUUGACCCUGUGUCAGGGAGAAUGUACGUGACCCGUCCAAUGGAUAGAGAAGAAAGAGCAUCCUACCAUCUUAGAGCACACGCCGUAGAUAUGAAUGGGAACAAAGUGGAGAAUCCAAUUGAUCUCUACAUUUAUGUCAUCGACAUGAAUGACAACAGGCCGGAAUUCAUAAACCAAGUCUAUAACGGAUCUGUUGAUGAAGGAUCUAAACCAGGAACCUACGUGAUGACAGUGACAGCCAACGAUGCUGACGACGCCACCACAGCAAAUGGGAUGGUGAGGUACCGCAUUGUGACUCAAACUCCACAAAGUCCAUCCCAGAAUAUGUUUACUAUUAACAGCGAGACUGGAGAUAUAGUGACAGUGGCAGCAGGACUCGAUCGAGAGUAUUCUGGUGAAGUUCCAGAAAACCGGAUAGAAGUUGUUGUCGCUAAUUUGACUGUGAUGGAUCGAGAUCAACCCCACUCACCCAAUUGGAAUGCGGUUUACCGAAUAAUCAGUGGAGACCCUUCUGGUCAUUUUACGGUUAGGACUGAUCCUGUUACCAAUGAAGGCUUGGUAACCGUUGUGAGGGAAGUUGAUUAUGAGAUGAACCGAGCUUUUAUGUUGACGGUGAUGGUGUCCAAUCAAGCUCCCCUUGCCAGUGGGAUCCAAAUGUCCUUCCAGUCUACAGCCGGAGUCACCAUUUCAGUCACUGAUGUCAAUGAGCCACCCUACUUCCCAACAAACCACAAACUCAUCAGGCUGGAAGAGGGUGUGCCUACGGGGACAGCCCUCAUGACUUUUUCCGCAGUGGACCCUGACCGCUUCAUGCAACAGGCUAUCAGAUAUUCCAAGUUGUCCGAUCCUGCCAAUUGGCUGAAUAUUAAUGCCACAAACGGUCAGAUCAUCACGGCAGCUGUCCUUGAUCGCGAGUCAGCCUACGUUAAGAACAAUGUCUACGAAGCCACGUUCCUGGCAGCUGACAACGGUAUCCCUCCAGCCAGUGGCACGGGCACACUCCAGAUCUACCUAAUUGACAUCAACGAUAAUGCCCCUGACCUUCAGCCAAAGGAGGCCCAGAUAUGUGAGAGGCCAAAUCUGAAUGUCAUCAACAUCACAGCCGCGGAUGCUGACAUCGAUCCAAAUGUUGGCCCCUUCGUCUUUGAGCUGCCGAGCGUGCCAUCUGCCAUUAGGAAGAACUGGACCAUUACGCGUCUAAAUGGUGAUUAUGCUCAACUCGGCUUGCGAAUAAUGUAUUUGGAAGCCGGUGUAUAUGAUGUUCCAAUCAUUGUAACAGAUUCCGGCAACCCUCCUCUGUUUAACAUGUCCAUCAUUAAGGUCAAGGUGUGUCCAUGUGACGAGAAUGGAGAUUGUACCACUAUAGGAGCUGUCGCUGCAGCUGGGCUGGGCACCGGAGCCAUUAUUGCCAUCUUGAUAUGUAUCAUCAUUUUACUAACUAUGGUUCUGCUUUUUGUGGUAUGGAUGAAACGGAGGGAGAAGGAACGUCACACUAAGCAGCUACUCAUUGAUCCUGAAGAUGACGUCCGGGACAACAUCCUUAAAUAUGAUGAAGAAGGUGGUGGAGAAGAAGAUCAGGAUUAUGAUUUAAGCCAACUUCAGCAGCCAGAGAACAUGGAUCAUGUUUUAAACAAGGCGAACGGAGUCAGAAGAGUAGAUGAGAGACCUGUCGGUGCUGAGCCUCAAUAUCCUAUACGGCCGGUCAUCCCCCACCCUGGAGACAUCGGGGACUUUAUUAAUGAGGGCCUGAGAGCAGCCGAUAAUGACCCGACAGCCCCUCCCUACGACUCCCUUCUCGUCUUUGACUAUGAAGGAAGCGGCUCAACAGCAGGAUCGGUAAGCUCCCUUAACUCCUCAAGCUCUGGAGACCAAGAUUACGACUACCUUAAUGACUGGGGACCGAGGUUCAAGAAACUGGCGGACAUGUACGGGGGUGGCGAGGAUGAUUAAAAUGACCUCACUUUUCUUGUUUUGCAAAAAGAGGAAAGCUAUAGCAUUUAGAAAGAAGCUGAUGGAGAGAGAGAGAGAGAGAGAAAGCAACCCAAGGUGGAUGAAAGAAGAAGAAGGAGUAAAACAAAACAAAAACAAAAACAAAUUAAACAAAAAAAACAAAAAAAACAAAAAAAAGAGAGAGAGAAAGCAGAAGAGGAAUCAAGACCUGUUCAAAGAGGCAGCUUUUUUUAAUUAAUACCUUCGGCCGACUGUAUUCUUUUUAGUGGUGACUUAGAGCGUUACUUUUGCUGUAGUUUCUUUCUUUCCCCCUUACUCUCUUCUUUUUCUUCUUCUCUUUUUUUUUUUAAGAACGUUGAGCUGUCUAGCAUGAACACGUGUCUCUGCUGCCUUUUUUUAAUUAUUAUUUUAAUUGUUUCCCCCCACCCUCAUAUGUCAGCAGGGAGCUUGCUUGUUUUAACCACUUUAUGACUAAAGGGAGUGAAAGGCACUCUGUCUUAACUUGAAUUUCUUAGAACAGAAGCACUGUUUUUAAAAUAUAUAUAUAGGUAUAUAUAUAUUUGAAAGUGCCUUUUGGUACAUGUAUCAGAUUCCCUCAAUCUCAGGAGUGUUCAGAAAGAAACAAACGUUUUACGUUUCCACCGUGUCUUGGACACCACACUCUGUAACCCUAAACCAGUUCUAGCUGGGAAAGGAAUUAAGGAAUUAACAAAACAAAAACACCCAGAACAAUGUAUGGUUUAUCUUUUGGGGUUUUAUUCUUAAAAAAAAACAAAAAAACCCUGAAUUGUUUGUGGGUGGGGGACAACAAAAGAAACGUGAUGUUAAGUGUGCAAGAGAGGAAACCAAAUUUAAAACGGAGAUCUUCUUGGCCUCAAAAAUGGCCGAACUCAGUCAACCUGUUGUAUAUAUCAUUCAUUGUUUAUCUGAUGCAAAAUAUUGAACUGGGUUUUCUCUUGUGACUUGGCCACAUGUUGCUGUAGCUGCAUAGAAUUAUAGCAUUGGAAAACCUUGGCAGAAUACAAGGUGACGCUCUUACCUAAACCCUACAGUAAAUGAUCCGAAGACCAAA